CUAGCAGAUAUCUGAGCUCUCCGCACGUUCCUUUUUCUCUGCAGCUUCGUGAACUGAAGGAAGCGUAGCCAAGCUUCUAAGCGGGUGUCAUGACUGUAUCACAAAAAAACACAGAAUAGCGAGAAAUAAAGAGAAGGAAUGGUGCUCGGAAUGGAGACAGCUAAAGGAUGAAAGGGUGACAACUACGAAGAAGAGGAAGAAGAAGAAAGGAUGAAAGAACCGUCAGACAUCGAGAGGGGAGCGGCGCAAGGAAGAGAAUCUCCUCAGUCUAGCACCAACAUGGAGAAGUCCCCAGAGACGAAAGCAAUUCGGAAAGCGAUGCAAGACGCUAUCGUCAAAGGAGACCUUGGUGCGGUGGAAAGAUGCCUGGAAGAGAACAAAGAUCUGAAGCAGUGGCUGGACCCAGAGACUGAAAAAUCAGCUAUAUGUAAAGCGGCAGAGGUGGGGCAACCCAGAAUACAAGCCCUUCUAGUGCAUCACAACUGCAGAACUAACAAGGAGAAAGGAGUAGAGCAAUUGGAGCAAGUCUGGGACCCCAAAGAUCUCCCAAAGACCAAAGAUAUCGAGGAACUGCAACACCUCCAAGAUAUCGAAUAUCGUUACCAACUCGGAUGUUUUGCGCCCAAAUGCGGGCAUAUUCCGCGCCUAGUUAAUAAUUCAUCAAGCAUAAGACACUGCGGUUGCCCUGAAAGAAAGGCAAUUGAAGCACCCUACGAGGCAUUGCAGAAAAUUGCGAUGGUGGACACUUCUCUGCAGGUUGCAGCCGCAAGGUCGUGGUUACAGGCCCAGAUGGUGUAGAAGAAGAGGGCACAUAUUAUGCAAAUGAAAUGCAACGUGUGAUCAAAGAGGCUGAUGACCCAUAUCCUAUUGAAAAAAUUAUAUCCAGUAAGAAAAUUGAUGGAGUCACUCAUUAUAAAGUGAAGUGGGCUGGUUAUGACGAUUCAUUUAAUUCGUGGAUUCCAGUGCAAGAUGUUGCCAGGCUCUGAGUUUUAUACAUACCUCCUAUCCAAUGACUGUACCGAAUUAUAUCCGACAAAUACACUGGACAACUUUACAGUUGCUUUGAAUGCACUCCUACAACUGAGUGGAAAGUAUGAAGUUGGAUUACAAGAACUAUCCAUUUGUAAUCUAUUCUACAAUAUAUCGCGGAGUGAUGACGGUGCCAUGCAGGUUGAUUACAAACACUUUGCAGAGGUUCGCAAGACUAUCGUCGUUAAAAGAACCCUAUAAAUGGUCCUUCUAGAGCUUUUUGAAGACUUGAACAGUUCUUUCAAUUAUAUUGACGGGAGAUAUGUAUUCCGUUUGUCACAUUCCAUUCGGUCAAUUAAGUUUAUAGAUGAAAACUUACAAGAAGCUACUGGAGUAUCAUCCAUUCAAGACAAUACUAUAAUAGGUUCUAAGGUGCCUCGUCAGAACACAUUCCUUCGAGAGGAAUUCGCUUCGCAGCUAUGCAUACUAGAAGAAAUUUCUACUCUUGCUUCAACUGGUUUAAUCGCAUUCAUUCCAGGUUGUUCCAUCGAGACCACAUUAAAUCGUUUUUCUUAGAACACACAAAAUUGAAGCAAGUGUAACGUUCCGAGAGAAUAGUUAAAGAUUGUCACAGUCAUUACACAGUCUCUUUGCUAUUCCAGAACAGGUCAAGAAUCUCCUCAGAUUAAAUAAUUUUAAUAUAAAAGGUGAUACAGCCUACUACUAUGGAGAUCCGUUUGAACGCACUCAUGACUUGAUUAUAGAGAAAGAAGUACACGUUACAAAAAGAAUAACUAUUCCCCCAGAUCAUUAUGAAACUCCGAAAUUACUGCUACAUACAAUCAACAAUCAAUUAGAGGGCAAAGCUCUACUCACAUAUAGUAAUGACACAAAGCUCUGCACUAUCAACCCAAUUGAUGGUGCUACCAUUCAUCUAUCAGAAUACCUCUCUAAUAUGUUGGGUUUUGCACCACUUACAACUUUUGCAAGCAGCACAACUGGAAACAUGCACCUCAGACUUACAUCAUUAUUAUUUUAUAUAGUUUAUUGUGACCUUAUCGAAUCAUCACACCUGGGUGCAAAGAAGUUUCCAAUAUUAAAAUUAGUCCCGUAUUCUGCAAAGGAAGACAAUAUCGUUCAUUACGCUUUCCAAAACAUGCAAUAUUUUAAGCUAUUGCAUAAUGAAAUAAAUUUCAUUUCAAUUAAGUUGUGUGACGACUCUGGUCGACCUCUCCACUUCAAAGGACCAUGCAAAACAGCUCUAGCUCUACACUUUAGACAUGUAUCUUAAAGAAAUCCCAGAAAUCCACUACGGUCGUGGACUUACACUAUACUUGGGACCAAUGUUUCAGAGGGGCAGUGGAUUCUUUAAAUAAUUGUGCAGGUUUGCAUUACCAAUCCUGCGACGAGCACAUCCAUACGUUACUAAGACCGCAAUGAAUGCAGGAAAAAACCUAGCACGAAAUCUAUCAGAUGGACAACAUUUGAAAGAAGCCAUUAGAUCCAGUGCAUCCGAGCUUAAGGCGCAAGUCUUAAAAUAUUUUGCUGGCGGCGGUGGCAGAAGGAGUAAAAGAAGAAGAAAAGAUCGCCUUUGACAAGCAACCCAAUUGGAGCGAGGAAUAAAUAUUUUCGUCAA